GCAAUACGCUAUCGUGUACUCCCAUAAAUAUCUCAUUCUCACCUCUGUGGCCUUUUAGUCUACACACCCGCUCUCUCCCCUUCUCCAAGCAUCUUCAUCACUUCAAGGAAAUCUUUGAACAUGGCAUGGAAAUAUCUAUGUGCUUCUAUUCUUUUGUGGGUCAUUGCAUGUUCUGUGCUUCCUGCUUCCUCUGAUAAAUUACUGAGAGUUGGAUUGAAGAAGAAUCCCUUGGAUUUCAACAGUAUUAAAGCAGCCAAACUAGCUAGAGUGCAAGGAAAAUGUGGGAAGGGUGCUAACAACAAGUUGGGUGACUCAGAUAUAGACAUUGUCUCUUUGAAGAAUUACUUGGAUGCACAAUACUAUGGAGAGAUCAGUAUUGGUUCACCCGCUCAGAAAUUUACUGUUAUAUUUGACACUGGCAGUUCUAAUCUCUGGGUUCCAUCAUCCAAAUGCUACUUUUCUAUUGCUUGCUAUUUUCAUUCAAAGUACAAGUCAAGCAAGUCCUCUACCUAUACAAAGAUAGGAACAUCUUGUUCAAUCACAUACGGAUCUGGAUCUAUUUCUGGCUUUCUCAGUCAAGACAAUGUUGGAGUUGGUGAUCUUGUAGUCAAAGAUCAGGUCUUUAUUGAAACUACGAAGGAACCUAGUCUUUCAUUUGUAUUGGCCAAAUUUGAUGGGCUACUUGGGCUUGGGUUCCAGGAAAUCUCUGUUGAAGAUGUUGUUCCUGUCUGGUACAACAUGGUGGAACAAGGCCUUGUAGAUGAGCCAGUAUUCUCUUUUUGGCUUAACCGUGAUACAAAUGCUGAGGAGGGAGGUGAACUUGUUUUUGGUGGUGUUGAUCCUAAACACUUCAAGGGGAAACACACCUAUGUUCCUGUCACUCAGAAGGGUUACUGGCAGUUUGAAAUGGGAGAUUUUCUCGUUGGAAACAGCUCAACUGGUUUUUGUGAAGGUGGCUGUGCUGCUAUUGUGGAUUCUGGUACAUCUUUGCUUGCUGGUCCAACUACCAUUGUGACAGAAAUCAACCAUGCCAUUGGGGCAGAAGGAGUAGUGAGCACAGAAUGCAAAGAGAUUGUUUCUCAGUAUGGAGAGAUGAUAUGGGAUCUUCUAGUAUCUGGGGUGAAACCUGACGAAGUGUGUUCACAAGUAGGCUUAUGUUUCUUUAAUGGAGCUGCAGGUUCUAACAUCGAAAUGGUAGUUGAAAAGGGCAAUGAGGGAAAAUCCGCCAAUGACCCAAUGUGCACUGCCUGUGAAAUGGCUGUUGUUUGGAUGCAGAACCAGCUUAAGCAAAAGGUGGUCAAGGAGAAAGUUUUUGACUAUGUGAAUCAGCUUUGUGAGAAAAUACCAAGUCCAAUGGGAGAAUCGACAAUUGAUUGCAAUAGCAUAUCAAACAUGCCAAAUGUUACAUUCAAAAUUGCUGACAAAGAUUUUGUCCUCACUCCAGAGCAGUAUAUCCUCAAGACUGGAGAAGGGGUUGCUACCAUUUGUGUGAGCGGAUUUCUUGCUUUGGAUGUGCCAGCACCUCGUGGUCCUCUGUGGAUUCUUGGUGAUGUAUUCAUGGGGGUGUAUCACACCGUGUUCGACUAUGGCAAUCUCCAGAUAGGUUUUGCUGAAGCUGCAUGAUGGCCUUUUCUGUAAUUACAGACAGUAGCAGUUAUCUGUUAAUAAGUGAUGGUUUUAUUACACUUUAAACUAGGAAUCACUGAGAAGUGAAGACUUGUAUUUAAACUAUGGUGAACUUGAAAGACUUAUGUGUACUAACACUUUAAGGUAAUUGCAAAAGUAUGUAUUGUGAAUAUGCUUUCUUUAUUCAAACAUGUGAACAAAAGAUGCUUUCAUA